CGGCGCCCCGCGCACAUCACUUCCUCGGCGCCUCCCGCGGGGGAGGACGGGCGGGCAGACGGAGGGACGGACACAGCGCGGACGCAGGACCAGCGGGCGCAGGGACGGCGGCGGCGCGGGGGCGCUCCCGGCUCUCGCGCGUCCCCGACCCAUGGCGGGCUCGGCCCCACCCGCGGCCGACGAGCUCCCGGGCCCGGCCACCAGGCGCCUCCACUCCAGGAUGGAGGCAUCGUGUCUGGAGCUGGCCCUGGAGGGUGAGCGUCUCUGCAAGGCUGGUGACUUCAAGGCAGGUGUGGCCUUCUUCGAGGCUGCAGUGCAGGUGGGGACUGAGGACCUGAAGACGCUGAGUGCCAUAUACAGCCAGCUAGGCAACGCCUACUUCUACCUGAAGGAGUACGCCCGGGCACUGCAGUUCCACAAGCAUGACCUACUGCUGGCCCGGACCAUCGGUGACCGCAUGGGGGAGGCCAAGGCCAGUGGGAAUCUAGGCAACACACUCAAGGUCCUGGGCCGAUUCGAUGAGGCUGUGGUCUGCUGCCAACGGCACCUGGACAUCGCCCAGGAGCAGGGGGACAAGGUCGGGGAGGCCAGGGCUCUCUACAACAUCGGCAACGUGUAUCAUGCCAAGGGCAAGCAGCUGUCCUGGAGCGCUGCACAGGACCCUGGGCACCUGCCGCCCGACGUGCGAGAGACGCUGGGCCGAGCCUCUGAGUUCUACGAGAGGAACCUGUCCCUGGUGAAGGAGCUGGGCGACAGGGCAGCCCAGGGCAGGGCCUACGGCAACCUGGGCAACACCCACUACCUGCUGGGGAACUUCACAGAGGCCACGGCCUUCCACAAGGAGCGCCUGGCCAUUGCUAAGGAGUUUGGAGACAAGGCGGCCGAGAGGAGGGCCUACAGCAACCUGGGCAACGCCCACAUCUUCCUGGGGCGCUUCGAUGUGGCCGCUGAGUACUACAAGAAGACGCUGCAGCUGUCACGACAACUCCGGGACCAGGCGGUGGAGGCACAGGCCUGCUACAGUCUGGGCAACACCUACACACUGCUGCAGGACUAUGAGCGUGCCGCCGAGUACCACCUGCGCCACUUGCUCAUUGCCCAGGAGUUGGCCGACAGAGUGGGCGAGGGCCGGGCGUGCUGGAGUCUGGGGAACGCCUAUGUGUCCAUGGGGAGCCCGGCGCAGGCCCUGACCUUUGCCAAGAAGCACCUGCAAAUCUCCCAGGAGAUCGGGGACCGCAAUGGGGAACUCACAGCCCGCAUGAACGUCGCGCAGCUGCAACUAGCACUCGGCCGCCUGACCAGCCCAGCAGCUGCAGAAAAGCCUGAUCUGGCGGGCUACGAGGCCCAGGGGGCCAGACCCAAGAGGACACAGAGGCUGAGUGCAGAGACCUGGGACCUGCUGAGGCUCCCCCUGGAGCGGGAGCAGAAUGGAGACAGCCACCAUGCAGGGGACUGGCGGGGGCCCAGCAGGGACUCACUCCCCCUCCCCAUGAGGAGCAGGAAGUACCAGGAAGGGCCCGACACUGAGAGGAGGCCCCGGGAGGGCGGCCACUCCCCGCUGGACAGCGCAGACGUCCGGGUGCAGGUACCUCGCACGAGCAUCCCGCGGGCCCCAUCUUCGGACGAGGAGGGUUUCUUUGAUCUGCUGAGCAGGUUCCAGAGCAGCCGCAUGGACGACCAGCGCUGCCCCCUGGAUGAGGGGCAAGCUGGGGCCACUGAGGGCCUGGGGGACAGGACCGCCCCACCCACGGUGACAGCCUCCCCCCAGACCGAAGAGUUCUUCGACCUCAUCGCCAGUUCCCAGAGCCGCCGGCUGGAUGACCAGCGGGCCAGUGUGGGCAGCCUGCCCGGGCUGCGCAUCACCCACAACAAUGUAGGGCACCUCCGUGGUGAUGGGGACCCACAGGAGCCCGGGGACGAGUUCUUCAACAUGCUCAUCAAGUACCAGUCCUCCAGGAUUGAUGACCAGCGCUGCCCCCCACCUGAUGUGCUCCCCCGAGGCCCCACCAUGCCAGAUGAGGACUUCUUCAGCCUCAUCCAGAGGGUGCAGGCCAAGCGCAUGGACGAGCAGCGGGUGGACCUUGCCGUGAGCCCUGAGCAGGAGGCGGGUGGGCCUCCCGUGACCCCCCAGCAGUGCCAGCCUGGCGCCAGCUAAGGCCUCGUGCCCACUCCUAGACGCCAGGGGCUCAUACUUGUCCACGGUGCCCACAGCUCCCCAAGAAGCUGAAUCCUCCUGAGCCUAUGGCUAAGGGCAGGCUCUGUGCCCACAUCCUCCCCCCCGCAGCAAUGCUGGGUGUACAGCCCAUGGCACCCCUUCUCCAGGUGGCAUACGCAGGCUGGCACUGCCCGUGGCAGGAGGGCAAGCUCCCAUCCUGCCAGGCCCAGCCUCAUCCCUGCCCCUGCCUGGCCUGGCCUUCUGCAUGUUGGCCAGACCCUCCCUGCCCUUCCCCCACACCCCUUCCCCCACACCCACUCCUUGAGCUCAUCCUGCCAAAUGUGAAACCCCACCAUCUCCCUAUGCUCCCCAAAGUGUCUCUGAAGCCUGUUCUUGGGGUUUCCAGCAACAUGGGUGGUUCUGUCUCCCAAAGCUGGUCUUAGGAUGGCCGUUUGGCAGACACACUCAGUGCCCUCUGGCCUGGUCCCUGGGGCAGGGCUGCCAGGGCCUGUCCCCCAACUCUGCCCCAGCUGAAGCAAGGGGAGGUUGACAGCCAUAGAAAGCCCACCCCAGACCAGGUGGCUAAGAUGCCCCUAGAGGCCCUGGCCCAUGUCCUGAGCCAGCUAGGGACUCACAAAGGCUUGGCUGUCUCUAAGGGGAGGGAAGGAUGGGGUGAUAGCCUCAGCAUUCCUAUACUCCAUGUCUCUGGGCCAAAAUGCAGGCAGGGCCCAGUGCUGAGGAUGCUGGCGGGCAAGGAGCUCUGUGCCCAGAGCAACCGUCACUAAGUUGGUGGGUCUGCAAAAGCUGGAAGGGGCUUGGCUCCACUCAGCCUCCCAGCCCCCUCCAAAGGAGUAGUACCCUCAUCCAUCAGCUGAGGCUGAUAACAUCACUGCCUUCUCCCUGUGGGGGGUCUAGUCCCCUGAAAACCUGAGUCAGACCACGGGGCACCAAGCUCAGGACCCAGGACUCAGGCAGGACCCACUGGCACUUCUGCAGACAGACCCCUCGGAGACAGUGGCUGUGUGCUUCCAUCUAGACCCUGCCUCAGCCCACCCUCUGAGCACGCCCAGGGCUGCAGGCAGCCCCUCCACUGGUUGUGCCUCUGGGUCUUGCUCUCUGAGCCUAGGGAGGGGGCCUGGACCCUAGCCCUGUGGUACAGCCUGGGAGCUGGGUGGGGGCUCUGACAGGGGAGAGUGGAGGCCUCACUUCCAAAUAAGGCACAGCAUGGAUGCCAGGGCACAGGGUCUCUGGAAUGUGCCAGCUGCCACAUACUUGAAUGGACAUGCGUAUUUAUUGUCCACAUGUUUGCCAUGUGGUCAGAGGGUCCUUUCCAAGAGGUACACUUGUUUUUCUGUUUUUCCCAAAAAAUAAAGUCUGCCAAGCAA